GCCCGGGGACGCCCAUUCGUGAGUCGGGGCCGGUAGGCCGGCCCGCGCGCCGUCGCCAUCCCCCUUCACGCUCCGGUCCCUCUCAGGCGUGCGCCCAGCGGGCAUCGGACCGGCGGCUGUUCCGCGCUCACCAGGCCUAGGGAGGCAGGGGACGAAGACCGGGCCGCAGCCCUGCGCCGCGUGGGCGCGCUACCUCUCCGGCAGCCGCCGCCAGGGCGAGUGGCUGCGAGCCACCGGAGGCAGCGCGGAGGAGGCCCCCACGGCGGCCGCCGGCCGGGAAGGAGACGGAGCCGACCUCUGCCAGCCCGAGGCGCGGCUGCUCCCGCGCGCCCGGGGCCGCCCGCCGUCUCAAGGCUGAGCGAGGAAUGAGCAGGCGCCUGCUCCGGGCUCUCGGAGCGAGGGCCACGGCUCGGCUUCUUCCCACGCUGCAGAGGCGCGGGGGCUCGACCACUGCGGCCGGGAGCGGCGGGGUCAGCGGCCGGCUGGCCGGGGGAGCAGGCGCCGGGGUUAACUGAGCCGGCCGCGGACGGGAGGAGGAGGAGCCGCCGGGCGGGGGCGGCUGCCGCGCCUCCCCUCCCCCGCACACGCCGGGGCUUCUCAGUGGCCGCCGAGGAGGAAGUUCCGCUCCCUGACAGACCCGUGCGGUAGCAACAGCGGCGGCGGCCGCGGCGGCUCGCUGGGCUCCGGUAUUUUGGACGCGACUGCCCUUCGUGCCAGCCGUCGAGGGGGCAGCGUCGGAGCUCUCUGCCCCGAGCCUGCCAGGCAGCGUAGGGGAGCGCGGGCAGCCGAGAACUCCUUCCUGCUACUUCACCCAGCACUGCCGCUUCAGCUUCCCGGCGAGGUGGGAGACCUUCCUCCCUGUUUGCAGACUUCCGUGGAGACCCUUAUUUUUCCCCUUCUGAGGAUAAAAGGUUCUGGAAUAGAAGAGUCAGAGGAAAUUAACCAUCUACAACUGCUUGGAUCUCACCUGGCUCCCUUUUGGGGCGGAAGACGACAUUUGAGCAUCUCACUGAGAUGCAGGAAUGGAACAACCUACCUUGCAGCUUCUCUGCAGUGUGGCUUGCCUAAUUUACCCCUAAGAAUGAAGAGGAGACUUAUAAUAACCCGAUGAGGCACUGAAAGCCAAAUGGCAAAGAAGAUAUCACAGGACAGACUAGUUACCGUUUGGGAGGAACACACCCGUUUCUGAAUGUAAUUGGACGAGCGUGGAAGAAGUGCCCUCUUAAAAAGCACAACAGUCCUUUAAGAGGAGAGAAACUGAGUUUCCCCAUUUUUGCCAAGGUCUUGAAGACAAUUCAAUGUAUUGUUCAUUUGAUGUAAGAUGAGAACUUUAUAAAGUAUUCUGUCCACGAGCGUAAAGGAUGACUACCCCAGCCCUGCUGCCCCUCUCUGGACGUAGGAUACCACCUCUGAACUUGGGGCCGCCCUCCUUCCCACAUCACAGGGCUACCUUGAGACUUUCUGAGAAGUUUAUCCUUCUCCUUAUUCUUAGUGCCUUCAUCACCCUGUGUUUUGGGGCAUUCUUUUUCCUUCCAGACUCUUCAAAACACAAACGCUUUGAUCUGGGUUUAGAAGAUGUGUUAAUUCCUCAUGUAGAUGCUAAAGGGGCUAAAAACUCUGGAGUCUUCCUGAUCCAUGGACCCGAUGAACACAGACACAGGGAAGAAGAAGAACGUCUGAGAAAUAAAAUUCGAGCUGACCAUGAGAAGGCCCUGGAAGAAGCAAAAGAAAAAUUAAGAAAGUCAAGAGAGGAAAUUCGAGCAGAAAUUCAGACAGAGAAAAAUAAGGUAGUCCAAGAAAUGAAGACCAAAGAGAAGAAGACACUGCCACCAGUCCCUAUUCCAAACCUUGUAGGAAUAAAUGGUGGAGACCCAGAAGAUAAUGACAUAAGAGAGAAAAGGGAAAAAAUUAAAGAGAUGAUGAAACAUGCCUGGGAUAAUUAUAAGACAUAUGGGUGGGGACAUAAUGAACUCAGACCUAUUGCAAAGAAAGGACACUCCACUAACAUAUUUGGAAGUUCACAAAUGGGUGCUACCAUAGUAGAUGCUUUGGAUACCCUUUAUAUCAUGGGACUUCAUGCUGAAUUUCUGGAUGGGCAAAGAUGGAUUGAAGACAACCUUGAUUUCAGUGUGAAUUCAGAGGUAUCUGUGUUUGAAGUCAACAUUCGAUUUAUUGGAGGCCUACUUGCAGCAUACUACCUUUCAGGAGAGGAGAUAUUCAAGAGUAAAGCUGUGCAAUUGGCUGAGAAACUCCUUCCUGCCUUUAACACACCUACUGGGAUUCCCUGGGCAAUGGUGAAUCUGAAAAGUGGAGUGGGCCGAAACUGGGGCUGGGCAUCUGCAGGUAGCAGCAUUCUGGCUGAAUUUGGUACACUGCAUAUGGAGUUUGUCCAUCUCAGCUACUUGACAGGGGACCUGGUUUACUACAAAAAGGUCAUGCAUAUUCGGAAACUACUUAGGAAAAUGGAUCGUCCAAAUGGUCUUUAUCCAAAUUAUUUGAAUCCAAGAACAGGGCGCUGGGGUCAGUAUCAUACAUCAGUCGGUGGUCUGGGAGACAGUUUUUAUGAAUACUUACUGAAAGCAUGGUUGAUGUCGGAUAAAACAGACCAUGAGGCAAGAAGGAUGUAUGAUGAUGCUAUUGAGGCUAUAGAAAAACUCUUAUUAAGCAAGUCCCGUGGAGGUCUUGUCUUUAUUGGAGAAUGGAAGAAUGGGCACUUGGAAAAGAAGAUGGGGCAUUUGGCCUGCUUUGCUGGGGGAAUGUUUGCACUAGGAGCAGAUGGUUCCAGAAUGGAUAAAGCUGGUCAUUAUUUAGAGCUGGGGGCGGAAAUUGCACGUACAUGUCAUGAGUCGUAUGACAGAACUGCAUUAAAACUAGGUCCUGAAUCAUUCAAGUUUGAUGGUGCAGUGGAGGCUGUAGCUGUCCGGCAGGCUGAAAAAUAUUACAUCCUCCGUCCUGAAGUAAUUGAAACCUAUUGGUACCUAUGGCGAUUCACUCACGAUCCAAGAUAUAGGCAGUGGGGCUGGGAAGCAGCACUGGCCAUUGAAAAGUAUUGCCGAGUCAGUGGUGGAUUUUCUGGGAUCAAGGAUGUAUAUUCCUCUACUCCUACACAUGAUGAUGUACAGCAAAGCUUCUUUCUUGCUGAAACAUUAAAAUAUUUGUAUCUGCUGUUCUCUGGUGAUGACCUUUUACCUUUAGACCACUGGGUGUUUAAUACAGAGGCUCACCCUCUGCCUGUGUUACAUUUAGCCAACACCAAACUUUCAGGUAAUCCUGCUGUUCGAUGAAAGCAGCUGCAGAAGGACGAUUCUCACCUGUGUUUUGUUUACAUGGACCACUAUAGAAUUAGUCUGGAGAGGCAGCUUUUGAAAAUCUGGACCUCUAAGUCAACGUGGCAGGGUGAAACUAUUCCCCGAAAGACUUUUCAACUUGUAGAUAUAUCAACUUUGAAAUUAUUCCAUUUUAUACCUGACCAAAACAUGUUCUGGUAUGUGCUUUGAUUCUUAAUGAGGUGGUCACAUGACAAAUGAUUCCUAUUACAACUGUAUUGUUUUUAGAGUCUUGGAGGCUAGACUUCAAGCCAAGAAUAUAGAGCACCUUGCAGGAGUUAAGGCUGGCUUUUGGAACCAGUUAUAUAUUUGUUUCCUCCUACAGUGGAGCAGCUUUCAAAUAAAAUAUUUACACAUUGUUUAUCCCUUUUUUCUUCAUUUUAAUAAUGGAAUGAACUAAGAUAAAUAAGAACAAAAUAAUAGUACAUAACUGCAUCGGUGACGAGAAGACUUGAAAAAGGAACAGAAGUACUUGUCCCUGUCUGAAUUUUCAAGUUCCCUGUUGGAUGACCAGACUGGCAACUGUUUCAAAUCCCAAUCUAUUUCAUUGAAAUUUCUUGGUUAAAUUUAAUUUUCUCUGGGGGCAUGAUCUCACAAAGAAUAUUUUUCAAGUCUUUGUAUCCAUAUGGAAUCGCUGAAACUGCUAUUUAUCAUAAACACUUAUGAGCCUGGGUUUGGGAUUUUGUGCAUGUAGUGCAGUCUCGUGUUGGUAGCAUGACAAAAAGUGGGGAAAAUGCCAGUUUGUUGCCUUGAAACCUGUUGUGAAAGAAAUUCUUCAUUUUGUUGGUAGAUUAUUUUUCUGAACCAACAAAUCUACCAAGUAAAGUUCAUCCACUUAAAUGUCAUAAUAAAGUUAAUAGAGUCACUCAAUUUAUUUAUGUGGCUUGGCAAAACUAUACUAUUAUGCAGCUCUGAAUUUGCCUUGAUAAGCUAAAUUACUUUCACAACUUAAAGCAAAAACAAAACAAUGAAACUUUCUUAAAUAUUCUAUCUGGAAUGGAGCUACUGGAUUCUUUAUUAUCUCAUCAGAUAAGUGAACUAUUCACAGAUAUUUUAUGUUUUUUAUUUUCUCUAAGGAUAUUUAUAGAAAUCCAAAAAAUUAAUGAGAAUAGCUUCAAAAUAAUUUUGAGUGAUCAAAGUGUAGUAUAAUUAAUCAUAUUACCCUAAAAUUAGGAUAUAUUUAAGGGACUUUCUCUUACCAUAAGUAGGUUUUACAUUCAUAUUUCUUUUUAAAGAAAUACUAGUUCUUUAUAUUUUGGCAGGAAGAACUUAAAUUUUAUCAAUAACUAUAAUGUAAGAUAAACAUCUAGUGCUUAUAAAUUUUUCGUCCCUUGAAUUUAGGUGACAGUGCAAGACAAUUUUUUCUAUUUUCAUUUACUAUAGACAACUUCCAUUGACAUUAAUAAAAGUUAGAAACAGUACAAUUAGUUUCAUAUUUAUUCUGAAUUUGAAAAUUUCAUGAAACAAAGUUUGUACAAGAAGCCCACCUUAGAAUUCUGAAAACCUGUUUCCUUAUUUGAUAACUGUUCUUUUUAACCUUCUCUUAGCUUGUAGAUUUAAGUUGGGGAAAGAUUUAAUAAGUUAAUAUAAUUAAAUAUUUUCUAAAAUUGUUUGUCUAUGCCUCAAAUGAUGAAACAGUCCUUACAAUUCAGCCACUGAUCUAUAAAUGAAAGCCACCCCCAAAUUAAGUCUUUAAGAAAAUUAAGUUUUAGCACAUAUUUUGAAAUUAUAAUAUCUUUUUCUGCUUGAACACUUAAAAAUUUUAAAUGUGAGUGGCAGAUGACUAUAACUUUAGAAAAGGGAAAAUGUUUGGUUUUCAAAAAAAAGUUAGGCUUCCACCUAAAAAUUAGCAAAGUCCCAGAGCAGCAGUGCAUAUGUCAAUGAACUCUCUCUCACUUUGUUUAGAAGAAUGCAGAGUAAAGGGACCUGGGUUCCCCAGGAACUUCUCAAGGGGUGAGAAGAACAGAACCCCUAUCCCCAACUGCUCUGUUUGUGUUACUCAGAUGACCAGGGCUUAAGAGAAAGCAAAGUAUACAAGCAGGUCCGUUCUGGUAUAGACAAAGAACUUGAGAGAACAGUUGAAGAGUCUUCUUCAUGACCCCACUUUCUUUGUGAUGAUAAAACUAGACCUUAUAACAAUGGUUCCAUUUUUUUCUUCUCUGAAUACCAAAGGCAGUUGAAGUCAACUACAAACUACUUGCCAGUAUCAUUUUAUUUUUGUUAUAGAUUUUUAAAUUAUUCCUCCAAGAUCAAUCCUUAUCCCAUAUUCUGCAUAGUUUCCAAGAGUAUUCUUUACUUUCUUCUGUCCUUUACAGCCCUUUGCAUUUUGUAGACUUUAUUUCUCAGGUUAAAUACUCACUGCAUUUAUAAGAUAUUCUGCAAGGAGCCCAGAAAUGCUCCUUUCCAGGUGCCUCCUAAAAGAGCUGAUUCCCCACCUUGUGCCUUUGGCACAAAUGUGCAGAAUACAUAGAUCAGUUGGUACAUAAAAGAAAAAAUUAGGAAUGUCAAAUACCCCUCUACCUUCUACAGUUAUUUCUCAUCUGUUUAGAAUCACACUUUUUGGUUCAAGCCAGAUUUUUUGUUUUUAAUAUAACCAGUGUAAAGUUGUUAAAAGGGGGCCCUAACCAAAAAGAAAUCUCAGUGCAGAAAAAUAAAUCUCCAGUCAGGAGGUUCUUACUUCUUGGUAGGUUGCAUAUUUGAUGUCUCUCUAACACCAACAUAUUCCUGCCUGCGAGCAGAUGUAUGUAAAAGUAAAAUGUGGGUAUUGAAGGAAUACAUUGUUUUUGUAGAAUAUUGACCCUGAUUCUCUAUAAUGUCAUCUAGGGCAACCCAGGGCUUCACUUGGUAGAUUUUAAGCAGGCAGUUUGAAAUUUUGAUCAUCAUCCUCUCAUCUUCACUCUUCAUUGCCAAAGUCUUUUGUCAAACCUCCAGAUUUGCUGAAGAAAGAUUGUGCUUGCCAUUCCUGUUAUAAUGCAGUUUCUCCUUAAGCCUGGAUUUCUUUGAAUGAGCACAUGAGUAAAUGAGAGAAUGAAUGAACAAACAUGUGUGAAGUACCUAAUACAUGUCAAGCAUUGUGCCUGGCACUUUCAAGCAUUAGAACAUUUUAUGUGAUUCCAAUGGCUUUUUCUGUAUGAGAGUAGUUUGUAUCAUUUUAAAUGUUGUCCAAUAUGAAUUGUGUUAUUAAGUUCUUAAUUUUAUAUUUCAUAUAAAUUAAAGAGGAAAAGAAAAGGUUUAUAAUAUAUUUUAAACAAUAUGUUACUAUAUAAUACUACUAUAAUUGUAGUCAAUAACUAAAGUCUCUUGGAAAAUGUCAAAUAUUUGAUUUCUGAUGCAACUUUGACUAAAAUAUUUACUUUAGAAAUAAAAACAUUCUUAUUUUGCUAUAUCAUUUUAAUUACAUAAUUAAAAAUCAAUGUUUUAUAGAAGUGCUGGUUAUUUCAUAUUAAAAAAGUUUUGUCACAUAAUUCAUGAGUAAAACUUGUAGUUGUAAGUUGUCUUUGCUCUGUUAUGGGUCCUACUGAAGGUCCCAGGCUGUUGAACAUAAAGAAAAAGAUACUAAAAUAUUUCUAAGUUCCAAAUAACAGUUCCUAGUAAUAAUAUUCUUAGUUCUUAUUUUCAUUUAGGUUUCUUACACUCAAAUUGGCUAGCCCUUAUCUUAUCCACUUUUAUAUAGAUGUAUACAUAAAUACAGUUAUACAUAGAGAGAUUUUUAAUACUAUUUGUUAAUUAACAAACACAGUUGGUAACUGGUUUUGGCUUCACAAAUUAUAAGCAGAAUAUUUGAGUGAUCGCAUAUGAUAUGGAGAUACUUUAAUCCACUUAUUUUGGUUCAAGAACAUUAGUGAAGAUGAUUUUUUAUUCGGCUCAUUCAGAUCAUUAUGGAGAUGCUCUUUUUGAUCUAUAAUCAGUCAGCAAGAUUUUCUGAAAAAGGCAAGAUAAUAUUUUAGGCUAUGUGAGCUAUACAGUUUCUCUUAUUGCUCAAUUCUGCUGUUAGGGUGUGAAAGCAGCUAUUGACAAUACUAAAUGAAUGGGUAUAGCUGUGGCCCAGUAAAACUUUAUAUAUAAAAACAGAUGGAGGGCUGAAUUUGUCCCACAGGUCAUAGUCGUUGACCCUAAUCCCAAGUUUAAUUUGUAUAAGACCCUCUAACCUUUGAUCCAUAUCUUUUCUGUUUUUUUAUUUACGUAAUUCAUUUUUAAAGCAAAAAGUUGUUCAUAUGUAUGAUUGUAUGUAUUUGUAUAACCUAAAGCUAUAUAUUUUGUUGUCUUGAAAGAAAGUAGAUACACUUUUCCUGGAGUCUGUUCAGGUUUCAGGAUGAUAUGACUAUCAUGAAAGAUAGUGUGUGUUGGGGGAAGUGGACUUGCUCUCAGCCAUUAUCCUCGUCUUGUCAUUUGAUGCCAUAAUUCCAGAUUCUCCAUGUAAAAGGAAGGUCUGUGUGGUGUCAAAUAUUAUAUUCUCUCCACGUUCUGUCUGCCCAUUGACACUUGGACCAGGACUCUGGAUUGCUGGAGCUGCAGAAAUUCAUCCACUUGGGUACUUUUAGAGCUCUGUGACAAGAAUAUGAAAGAAUUUCUGAUCUUUGUGCUGCAGAAACCAAUCUUCUGAAAAAUUCUAAGCAAAAGAAAAUGGGUUAUGUGCCUCAUUUGCCAUUUGGUAGCCACUAUUCCUAUUGACUACAGGCAGCCACUGUAGAAGGGUACUGUCCCUGUUACUUCUAGAAUAUCCUAAGGCUGAGGAGUACAGACACACGAUCUGUCCAAAAGGAGAGUUCCCUUUCUCUUUUCUUUCAUAAUUCUCCUCAAUUCUUUUACAAGUCAAUAGCAUUAUUUCAGAAUGUCAGUAUGCAUCGUUUUUCAAUUAAAGCAUACCUCAACCUUAAACUUUCACUAUUUAACAACUAAUCCAUUUCAAACUUGAUUUGAGCCCAGCAAUUACAGAGCUCAUAAAAUUGCCCAUGAAAUUACAUAACAGCAUAUUACUAGCAUAUAUAUUGCACUGUACCAGUCAUUCUGACAGAUAAUAGAUUUUUCACUAAGAAGUCUAUCAAAUAUUUCACUAUUUUUGGAAAAUCUAAAGGAGGGAAGAAAGCCUAUAUUCAGAAUGAUAGAGGAGACAGAAAUUGUUUCUUUCACAUUAUAUGAGCUGUCUUUCUAGGUCCAACAUACUAUAAGGUUUCCUCAGCUCAGUGUGAAUGUAAGUGUGAGUACUUAAGCACAUAUACCCACAUACAUACAUAAUUAAUGUGUAGAAGAUUUUAAACAUACCUGCAAAUGUCUUUCAGCUAUUUGAAUUCCACAGAAGUCUACUGCAAGUUGUAUACCAGAAAACGUCAUAAAGAUACAAGCUUAGCUCUUUUUUGGGAAAAAUUAUUUUUUUAGAAAAUUUACAAUUUUUUGCUGAAUUAAGUAUCGGCAAUUUUAAUUAAUGGAUUUGGAAGUUGAAAUGCCAUUCUUCAAUCUCACUGGUCUCAAAUUCACUGAUAAAAAUUUUUCCCUAAACUAAUACGUGGGGUAAAAUAUAACCUCCUAAAUUGGUACCCACUGGCUGCUCCUGAACUGGUUUCUAGUCAUGUCCUCCAUUAUGUGAUUUUUACAAAUUAAAGUAAUAUUGUAUAUUAAAGACUAAAUAAAUAUGUUCUUUAAGUGAAA